AUGUUCCCCAACCGUACUGUAAAUUCUUUGAACGCAUUCACAUCUUCACCAACCGUACUUGAUCUGAGAUGCACUGCACUGCGCCCUCCCUCUUUCACUCCCCUUGAACAGCUGUCCUUCACACGCGGGCCAGCCAUUGACAUUGGCUCGGUCGGCAACGGCAAUACCGAGGCUAGCUGCUCCAAAUCUCCCUCCUUCCACUCCCUCCCUCCUCGCCCUUCUCUUCUCCCAACUUCCUCCCCUCAUCCGCAGCAAGCAUCCAACAACAGCACCGCACUCCACCCAUCAGAACUUCCCUCACUCAACACCAAACCCACCGCUUCUGCUUCAACACCCAUCCCCACCCCACCCACGCCACGUACUGCCAGCCUCUCCUCUCUCCUCCCCUCUCCACUCCCUCGCUCCGUCCUCCUCCCUCUACUCGCGGCGGCCAUAGCUGCAGCCACGUUCUUCUCCUCCCUCUCCUGGCGCCUGGGCGGAGGGGGUGCUUCCUUCGCCGCCCUGCUGCGUCCUCCCCCUGCCGCCGCUGCCAGCAACCAGAUCGUGCUGACCCCGCCCCCACCCGGCACAGCCAGUCCAGCGGCGCUCAAGUCACCCCAGCAGCGAGCAGGCAUCACCGACAAGGCCCUCUAUGCCAUCGACCUCUUCCUCACCACUGAACCUUCUGGGAAGCUCCUGCUGCUCUCUGUCCUCUGGGUGGCCCUCAUGCUGCUGGGAGCUGGAGCCUUCAUCGCUGCGGCCAAGGCGACCAAUGAGGACGUGCCAUUUGGCGAGGCCGUGUGGGUCUCGUGGACCAUGCUGUCAGACCCCGGCCAGCAGGGCGCUCAGGAUUCGAUAUGGAAGCGGGUGCUGUCAGUGGUGGUGACGAUCAAGGGGCUGCUGCUGCUGGCUACUGCUGGCGCUGCUGGUGCAUUUACUACUGGGUGUGGCAGCAGCCAGGUUCCUUGGUCCCAUUCCUUCACAUCCCCUCCCGUCCUUUUGUUCCUCUCCCUUUCCCCCUCCCAGGACUCGAUAUGGAAGCGGGUGCUGUCGGUGGACUCGAUAUGGAAGCGGGUGCUGGCAGUGGCGCUGACAAUAAAGGGGCUGCUGCUGCUGGCGCUGCUGGUGGGUCUGGCAGCAGUGGCCUUCCCAGUGCCACCACCCUCCCUCUUCACGUCCCCUUCUCUGCAAUCUCCCCCCACCUCCCCACCCCAGGACUCCAUAUGGAAGCGGGUGCUGUCAGUGGUAUUGACAAUAAAGGGCCUGCUGCUGCUGGCGCUGCUGGUGGGUCUGGCGACUGACGGUGUGGCGAAGCAGGUGGACGAUCUGAACAAGGGCAAGGGGCCCGUCAUGGAGCGCGGGCACGUGCUUGUCGUGGGCUGGACUCCCCGCACCAUUCCCCUGGUGCAGCAGCUGGUGGGGGCGGAUGGCAGUCGCGCAGUGGUGGUGCUGGCGGGCGGCAAGGGCAAGGAGGAGAUGGACAGCGCACUGCUAGAUGCCAUUCCCAAGAGCGAGAGACACAAGGCGGGAGGCGGGCAGAUUGUGACGCGCACUGGCUCGCCCUUCCACUCAGAGGACUUGGCGCGCUGUGCUGCUGACGCUGCUCGCUCCAUUGUGCUGCUCUCCCCGCCUGUCUCCGACCCCUCUCAAGCCGACGCCUUUGUGAUCCAAGCCAGUCUCGCACUCGCCAACCGGCCAGACAUUAGCGCUGACAUCAUCGCGGAGCUCUCUUCACUCUCCAACGUGCGCCUGCUGCAACGCCUCCACCGCACCCUCCUCGCCCCCUCCCCUGCCACCACUGCCCAAGCACCGCCCACUGGCAUGAGGGGGAGGAGGAGGCGGCUGGUGCCGGUGGCAGCAGAGAAUCUCUCGCUACGCACGCUGCUGUCCGCUGCUGUUCACCGCGGCACUGCUGACGUCACCGCUGACCUGCUCGACUUCGAGAACGACGAGUUUUACUUCAAGGAGUGGCCAGAGCUGGUGGGGCGCACGUUUGGCGAUGCGCUCUUUCUGUUCGACAACGCCACCCCCUGUGGGCUCAUGAAGGCCCCCAGGCAGCACACUGCACCUGAUGCUUCCAGUGCCGGCAGCACAAUGGGUGAGGUGCUCGUGAACCCACCCAGCUGGACGCUCAUAGAGCCCGGAGACAAGCUGCUGGUGAUAGCAGCGGAUCGCAACAGCUACCGCCCGGGGCCAAGUCGCCUGCCGCCCCCGCCGUCCGAGCUCACUGCUGCAGCAGUCCCAGCAGCCACUCAGAAAGCGCCACGUGGCACCAGCAGCAGCAGCGUGGGCGGCAAGCAGCAUGUGCUUAUAUGCGGGUGGCGGCCGGAAGCAAAGCAGCUAGUGGAGCUGUUGCCCUCGAUACUGGCACAAGGCAGUGAGGUGACGGUGGUGGCGACACACAUCUCGCCAACAGACGAGCUGCUGCUGGGGAACAUUCGCAGGCACAGGAAGCUUCCCAUCCGCAUCAAGCGUGGCAGCCCAUCAGACAGGGAGGUGCUGGAGUCGCUACCUCUCGAGACAGUGGACUCGCGUGGCAGCCCAGCAGACAGGGAGGUGCUGGAGUCGCUGCCUCUUGAGACCGUAGACUCGGUGAUUCUGCUGCAGUCAACGCAGGUCAACGGGGGGGAGAAUGGGGAAGACGGGGAGGAGGAUGCUGGCAUGGUGGACAGCUCGCAGGCCACAGUGACGGCGCUGCUUAUCAGGAGCAUUCAG